AUGGCCAUCACAAACACAGUGGUGAUUCCAAGAAAUUUUAGACUACUUGAAGAGUUGGAACAAGGACAAAAAGGUGUGGGCGAUGGCACAAUUAGUUGGGGUCUCGAAAAAGACGAUGAUAUGACUUUAACCCAAUGGACUGGAAUGAUCAUUGGACCACCUAGGACUCCUUACGAAAAUAGAAUGUACAGUUUAAAAGUAGAAUGUGGUCCUAUGUAUCCGGAUGAUGCACCUGUCGCUCGCUUUGUGACGCGCAUCAAUAUGAAUUGUGUGCAUAAUACAAGUGGAUUGGUUGAUAAUAGGCAAGUGCCAGUUUUAGCUAGAUGGCAACGUGAUUAUAAUAUCAAAACUGUUCUGCAAGAGCUUAGACGAUUAAUGACACUUAAGGAUAACAUGAAAAUGUCUCAGCCACCUGAGGGUAGCACAUUCUAG